GCUGCAACUUCCCGUCUUUCUCUCCUCUCCAAGCAUUCCAGUCCUGCUCACCUCAGCAAGGAGAGGGGGAGGGGGAUCUUAGAUACCUAUGGCCAUGGCUUCUUCAAUGUCUGAUAACCGAUUUGUAAUGGGGUACCCCUCCAUGAAUAACGACGGUAAUAAGUAUUCACAAGCACCACCACCACCAGUACCGGGGUACGUCCUGCAGGGAGCUUAUCCUCCUCCUCCUCCUCCACAGCCCCCGUAUUUUGGCUACCCCGGCGCCCCCACCGAAUCUAAAAAGCAGGUUUCUCCAUCUUUCAACGUGUGGUACAACUCGAGGAAUUACGGGCCAUCGGGUUGGGCCCUCCCUGAAGACGACAGUAGCAAAAGAUUUGGCCGAGUGAUGCUGGUGACCAUGGUGACUUUGAUUGUUAGCAUGUGCAUGGUAAGCUUGGUGAUUUGGUUCCUAUUCGGUACACAAAUCCCAGAGUUCGAUGUUUCAUCGCUCGCUGUAUCCAAUCUCAAUGGAAACGAUUCCGUAAUUACGGCCAAUUGGGAUGUUAACAUUACUGUCUUCAAACCUGACACCGAUCUCAGAGUUGAUUUUGAUUCCGUCAAGGCUUCCAUCUUCUACAAGAAUUAUCCCUUGGCUGCCGCUGCCGUUGAGCCUUUUUAUUCGCACGGGAAUCGUCUCCUUAGUCUUCAAAUUAGAAUGGAUAAUGCCACGGCCCCCGGCAAACCUUUUCUAGCUGGAGAAAUCAUUGAAAAUAAAAACGGAGGUAUGUUGUUUGUUAGCGUGAGGUUGAGAAUGGAGGCUAAAUUUCAAUCCGGCUCCGUUUGGAGGAAGGAAACCUUAAGAGUGUUUUGUGAAGAUCUAAAGAUCAACUUUUCACCCGCCGGAGGAGAUGGGACGUUAGCAGAAGAUUCGCAGACGGAAUGUCUAAUAUUUACUUGAUUUUUGGUACUUAUUGGAGGUAUGAUGACGACCAAAAAUUUGAAUGGUGCCUCUGCACCUUGCUUUCUUGCCUAGCUUGCUGCCGGCAAUCUUUCCGGAUGUGAGUGGCGGAGGCGAAGAGGCCUACAUUUGCCGGUGGUUAAGUAAUCAUCUAGUAGUGGUCCUAGUGAAAUUUUGUAAAGAUUAUUGGAUAUGACAUAAAUCGUUCGGAAUUGUAAAAAUCAGGUAUGAUUUUCUUUUUAUCCAACCGAACCAUAGACAAUGGUUUUUCAUGUACAAAGUUCUUUAUCAAUCGCUUGUAUAGUUCGUAUGUGUAACUCCCCUUGUUUUUUUUUUCGAUUCUGGGUCAAAAUGAA